AUGGUGAAAGCAAAGAUGUUUCUGCUUAGGGAAGCUAAACGAGCUGUAAACCGGCGGUGGAGCAAGCUCGCAGGACCAGAUCGGCCGGAGAAACCUAGAAAUGCUGUGAAUGGUGCCAAAACUAUGGAUGAUUCGUCAUACUGGGUUCCACAUCCACGUACCGGGAUAUACUUCCCAAACGGCCAUGAAUCGGCGAUGGAGGAUGUUCCAGAGGGUGCAGCUUCCUUCAAUCAGACAUUUUGGCUGAGGAACGUUGAUGAUGGGGUUGAUCAUUUGUCGCAAAUAUCGCUGAUCAUCGGAAUUGCUGUUGCUCAUCGUCUGAAAAAAUCACAAAUUUACAAUCACUGGGCAGUGGGUUCUUCGAUGGCCAAUUCGUCGGAGGCUACGGCAUCCAGGAAGAGGAAGUCUAGAAGUAGACAAGAUGCAACUCUAUCGGUUGCUGAGACCCUCGCCAAGUGGGAAGAGUGUAAUGCCCAGCUGGACUCUUGCAAUAAUGAGAUAAAAUCAGUUCGUAAAGCUCCAAGAAUUGGGUCGAAGAAGGGGUGCAUGAAAGGCAAAGGAGGACCUGAAAACUCAUCAUGUCAAUAUAGAGGUGUUCGGCAGAGGACAUGGGGUAAAUGGGUUGCUGAGAUUCGUGAGCCAAAAGGAAAAAAAAUGUGGCUUGGCAGUUUUGAAAAUGCUGUUGAUGCUGCCUUUGCUUACGAUAAAGCUGCAAAAGCAAUGUACAAUUCUUGUGCCCGCCUCAACUUUCCAGAUAAUUGUUCUUGUUCAGCAACAAGAACCCCAUCAGGUACCUGUUUAAUAGCAACUCCACCAAGCUUUGAUUGUACAAAUUACUCUGAAGAUAUAAGCAUGAAGCUUGUUACCCCCAAUUUAAGAAACGAGGAUGGGGAAGAUGAAUGGAGCAGUAAUACUCUGUAUACUGCAAUCAUUGAAGCUGCUGCUGCUGCCACACCGAGUAGUACACAGCAGAUAGAAGAAGCAAAGGAUGAGUGGUGUAACAUUGAACAAGAAUCAAGCGGUUUUUGGGAUUUGGGACAAGAGUAUUCAACGAAUGAAGUGUGGUCUUCAGAGGAAAUUGACGCUUUCUUCGAAACAAGUCCAAUCCAUGAUAUUGAAUCGGUAUUGCGUCAUGAUGUUAGCCAGCUUUAGUUCUCUGCUUCCUAAGUUUUUAGGUUUGAGUAAAUAUAUAAGUCAGAUAGGCAGA